AAAAUACUAGAGAUAAACAGAAAUUGUAAAAAGAAGGCGCUUGUAUAUUUUCGUCAAUGUUCAGUUGAUGUUUUUCGUUCAGGUAGAAACCUGUGUCAUUAAGCUCGGACAGUAGGAAACCAGAAUGAAAGCGAUAAUAUCAGAUGUAAGCCGAAUAGUGAAUUCCCCGUCGAAUCCAUUCGAACUGUUUCUUUUAUUUCUGAGUGUGAUUGAUCAAAAUCCAAUCUUGGUGAAUGUGGCAACAGUGGAUCCGGUGGAUGGCGUUGCCUCCGUGAGUGGCGUUUUCCAAGGAUGGGAAGACGAUACAUUUCGAUUCUCGGCAGAAAGGGCAUCUCGAACGUAUCGGAAUACAAAAACGAACCCAAAAGUAGCAGUUACAUUCUUUUUCGAUACAAUAAUUAAUCAGACACAAGUUACAAGACAGAUACUUGUGAAUGGAAACGCUCGUGAAUUAUCGGAAAAAGAAAUUAAACCGUACUGGUAUAUGCAAGAAUUGCAUACAAGAAUAAAAAGCCACAUUUGUGAUUGCUCAACACCGUUGCAUUGGAAGGUUAUCAAAAGCGAACACGACAAGGUUUUAGAUGAUUUUUUGCUUGGAGUUAACAAUUUAGGUCAAACGGCUACUUUUACUUUGUACGAAGUGAUACCAACACGAAUGGAAUUUUUGGAGGCACAACCAUUCCACAUAGCCGAUAGAAUCAUUUAUUCAAAAUUGCGUAAAGGAACAUGGCGAAAGGAGCGCAUAUGCUGCUGAAAAUGCUAUAUUAACAUGGUUUAUGAAAAUAAAUAACUUAGCUGAAAUAAUUAAAUAAUCAAUUAC